AUGGGUUCACUCGACAAGUCAUCGACCUCGAAACCCUGGACAGCCCCCAUCGACAGUGACACCCACUUUGGAAUUCUCUACUGGGAUCAGGACCAGCUUCAGCAGAUGACCCUUGAAUCAACAUCGUGGGAGUCGGGAAUCUGGGAUGCGGAUGGAUCAUCAGGGUCUGAGUACUUCACCCAAGAUGCUCUCUUGGCUUAUGGGCUGUCUGAUAUCCUGACGGCCGAUCCCUCUCCUCUCUCCGGGGACGGCCCAGAAGGGGACUCGAGCAACGCUAGCUACAGCCUCAGCCCGGAGCAGACUCGCCUGGAUGGCAGCCUUCAUCCGGCAGACCACGGCACACCGGAAAGCCCAGCAGGUGAGGGCUCCAGACGCCCCGCUCGCCCAGAUAUCACGCUCAGGUCCGCUUCCAGGAAGCCAAAGAAGUCUGCUCGCCGCCGCAGACCAGCCGGUCCGACAAGGGAGGAGGCCAACGCCCGGGAGUGCCACAACAUGGUCGAGAAGCAGUACCGAAGUCGACUCAAGGCACAGUUCGAGUCCCUGCUGGCCGUGCUGCCGGUGGCACAGCCCCUCGACCACACCGACCAGAUUGCCGCGGUGAAUCCAGGCCAGUGCUUCAGUAGAGGCCAGGUGCUGGACGCUGCGAGGGAGACCAUCUUGAGACAGCAAAACGAAAUUGAAACACUGACUGCAGGACGUGACCAGCUGGCAAGGGACUUGUCAACCUUGGAGCGGGUCAUGCAGAGAGGCCCAAAUUGA